AUGGAAGCAGCCGCUUGCUCGCCGCAGGAAGGCGAGGACUGCAUCCUGUCCGAGUGGUCGGCCUGGACACACUGCGACAAGAGUUGCCACGGCGGACAAACCUAUCGCCACCGGCGUCUGAUGCGCCAUAACGCCUACGGCGGAGCUUGCCCCACAAGCUCCUUGAAGGAAGUGUCGCCUUGCAAUACCCAAGCCUGCGUUCCAGUGACGAGGGACUGCGAGCUUGGCGACUGGGGCAACUGGAGUGACUGCUCCCAGGAAAGGGGUGAAGGCUACGCCCGCAGAACACGCACUCUGACACCCGCUACGGGCGAUGGCGAGGGCUGCAACGGAACGACCGUGGAGCUGAAGGCGUGCGAAAUCGCACCCCAGGAGGUGGUGGAUUGUGCGUGGGGAAGCUGGCUGGACUGGAGCGACUGCACCAAGACCUGCGGCGGAGGCUCCAUGCGUCGAAACCGGGCCAUUGAGGCCGCUCCAAGGAACGGUGGCAAGGCCUGUCAGGAGAAGGACAAGGAGGAGGUGAACUACUGCAACACCAUGCCGUGCGAUGGUGCAUGUGUAGAUGGGAACUGGAGCUCCUGGAGUGCCUGGAGCGAGUGUAGUGCCUACUGCGGCAGUGGAUUCCAGAAGCGUCGCCGGUCUUUGGCAACGCUGCCCACGUCCUGCGGGGCCAUGCCGGAGGGCCCGCGGGAGGACUUCCGCCUAUGUGACCCGCCUCCGCCAGCUUGUGAACAGGACAGGGACUGCCGCCUCUCCUUGUGGAGCAGCUGGUCGGAAUGCUCAAAAGAUUGCCACGGUGUCCGCGAGAGGGUCCGCCACAUCGUCAUGUAUGCUCGCGGAAAUGGAAUCCCCUGUGACAAUGAGAGCCUCAAGGACAUCGAGGACUGCAACCCGUUGAUGGGCGGCGAGGCGCCGGCAGCCUGUGGCACUGCGCCAGAGCAGGACUGCGUGCUGCAGGAGUGGUCCGACUGGAGCGAGUGCUCCGUGAGCUGUGGCGGCGGUGAGCAGCUUCGGAAGCGAACGGUUCUGCAUCCCUCGUCCAGCGGUGGCCUGCCUUGUACUGGUGCCCUGACGAUAGUCCAGGGCUGCGGCACAGUCCCUUGCCACGUGCACGUGGUCAAGGAUUGCCAGUGGGGGCAGUGGUCCGAAUGGGGAGAUUGCACUCACUGUGGCGGCCAGCGCACACGGCACCGCGUCAUUGAGCAGCUACCGACGCUGCAUGGCAAGCUGUGUGACGAGGAAAAUGCCAAGGAGGUUUCUAACUGCACCAGCUACUGCCAUGAUAGGAAGUAUUGUGUUUGGUCUGAGUGGACUGGACGGGACUGUGUCGAGACCUGCGGGGUCACGACCACGAUGCGGAACCGCAUUCUCAAGUUAGUUGACGUUGCGGAUGAUUAUCUCUUCGUGGGCGACAAGCACUCGGGCUGCUUGGGCUCACAGCUUGACGUGGCAACUUGUCCUAGCAAGGAAGACUGCACAGAGUGUGUGCCAAUCGACUGCAGCUUUGGACCCUGGAGCGAGUGGAACGAGCCUACAUGUGUGGGGCUCUGUGAACGGCAGCGGGUUGUGAGUCAGAUGAGCAAUGAAUGUGGCUCCCCAUGCAGCGGGGCGCUGCAGGAGACAAAGAAGUGCGAAUCCACGUGCGAGGCGCCUGUGGAUUGUGAGCUCUCAGACUGGAACUCGUGGAGCCACUGCAGCAAUGCAACAGGUCACAUGGGCGGACAGAGGUACCGCCGCCGGGACGUGUUUCAGCCCCCGAAACGUGGAGGCCUCGCUUGCUAUGGAGACCUGGAGCAAACGAAGGCCUGCAAGGGAGAGCUGCCAGAGCCCUGCGUGAUGGACCAGUGGCAGUCGUGGGGCGACUGCAGCACGACUUGUGGCGAAGGUUUCCAGACACGAAGUCGCAGCAUUAAGCACUUGGCCGACGAUGGUGGGACUCAGUGCAACGGGCGCCUUGCGGAGGUGAAGGAAUGCCACGCAGGUUUCUGGGAGGACUGUGGUUUGGGUAGCGAGCAGGACUGCGAGUUCGAUUCCUGGAGUGACUGGAGCAACUGCAGCUUCACGAUGCAGCGUGAGAGGUCCAGAGAGUUUAAGAACCGGGCUCUGCUGGGUGGCCUGCCUUGCAUGGGACCCAUGCACGAGCUGGAGACCUGCCACCAUCCACCUGUGGAUUGUGAGGUCUCUGCGUGGACGGAAUGGGACGCGUGUGACCGGACCUGCGGCUCAGCCCAUGCCCGGCGCCAGCGGCAGAUCACGCAGUUCCCAAGGCACGGCGGCAGCCUUUGUCCAGGCGACCUGGUACAGAUGAAGGCUUGCAACCUCCCUAACUGUGACCUCAAGGACUGCCAAGUAUCAGGCUGGUUGGACUGGGGUGACUGCUCCGUAUCCUGUGGCCAGGGCCACCAGGGCCGCGUCCGUGCGGUGAUCAAUCUUCGUGAGCCCGGCGGCUACGGCUGUUUCUUCUCCAUCGCUGAGAAUAGGGCUUGUGAGACUGAUGCAGCUUGCUCCGAUGACUGCCAGUGGGGCAUUUGGGAGGAUUGGUCGGAGUGCAGCCAGUCCUGCGGUGGUGGCCUCAUGAAGCGGAGCCGUCAAGUCAAAACCUUGCCUUCAGACGGGGGCAAGCCCUGUGACGACAAGGACAUGCAGGAAGUGCUGCCUUGCAACGUGGGUGUCUGCCAGGAGCACUGCAUCAAUGGGCUCUGGGCGGAGUGGGAGCAGUGGUCUCCCUGCAGCCGCACUUGUGGGGGAGGAGUCACCUUCCGUCGCAGGGAGGUGAAGCGCGCGGCCAACAGCUGUGGGGACCCUGCAAUUGGCAGCGACAAGGAGACAAGGUUUUGCAACGUCGACGUGCAUUGCCAGGAAGACCAGGACUGCUUGUACACCGCAUGGAGCAACUGGAACGAUUGUUCCACCAGCUGUACGGGCAUCAUGUUCCGGCGACGGAGCAUUGCAGCCUAUGGACAUGGUGAUGGCCUCUACUGCCAGGGUGCCUUGCAGGAGGUCUCCGCCUGCAACCCGGCAGAGGGCGAAGAGCCACCGUCUGGAUGUGUGCAAGGGCCUCCGGUGGACUGCGUGCUGUCAGCCUGGAGCAGCUGGGAGUCUUGCAGUGCCACUUGCGACGGUGGCGAGCAGAGGCGUCACCGCCAUAUAGACCAGCAUCCACACCACGGCGGACUCCCGUGCAAAGGCACCCUCCUUGACGUGAGGGAGUGUGGCCGUGAUCACUGCCAUGAUGGUGGCCACCCUUUAGACUGUGUCUAUGGCGAUUGGAAGGAGUGGGCACCUUGUGGACAGUGCGAUGGGGAGAGGAAGCGAGUUCGGAAGAUCCUGGUUUAUCCCGCCAAGGGUGGCAGAGAGUGCGUUCCGGCAGCAAUGGAGCAAGUGGGCUCUUGCCCCAACCCCUGCGCCUCCGAGCUUGCAUGCUCCUGGCAAAGCUGGUCGGACUGGAGCUCAUGCUCUGCCACCUGCGGCACCGGAGGAAAGAGGAAGCGCACUAGAGGCUUGAUCAAGGUGACGCGGCCCGUGAACGCAGGGACUGCGUUGACUGGCAAACACCGAGACCUGAUGCAGAAGUACCGGACCCUCUACAGCCGCACGCGCAGCUUGGAGGAAGGCCAGAUGAAGGAGGUAGGCCUCGCGUUCCUCGCGGGCUUCCUGGCGCUGUUGGCCCUGGGCAGCCUGGCGCACCGUCUCUGGCGGCCGGGAACCGGGCAGGUCUUGGUCGCAGACGCAGAGCAGGCACUCACGACCUCCGAGGGCUCCGAUGUGGAGAUCCCAUUGGUGACAGCGCUUUGA